AUGGUGUACGGUUCGGCCCUGCGCCUCCCCGGUGACCUUGUCGCGCCAGCCCCGAACAUUACCCUUUCUGCGGCGGACUUUCCAUCCCGCCUCCGGGGUGCCAUGGCUUCUCUGAGUCCCGCGUCUACUCACCAGCUUGCACGGAGACCCGCCUAUCAACACCCCGAACUGUGCCAGUGCACGCAUGUUUUUGUCCGUUGUGACAGCGUCCGGAAGUCUCUGCAACCACCCUACACCGGCCCUCACUUCGUACUGCACCGGUCGUCCUCAUUCUUCACUGUACUCAUCAACCGACGACAGGACAACGUCAACAUCGAGCGUUUAAAACCAGCAUGGCUCGACAGCACCCCACCUGCCAGUACCAUCCCGGCUGUCUCAUUCAUCGACGGCUCCCUUCAUUCUCCCUCUUCCCCGGCCGCUACCUGUAAUUCCAACCGUCUAGUCUCCUGGGCGAAGCACCUCGUCAUCAGUCGAUGCAAUUCUGCAUCGCCGUAG